GUGAAACAGAAAAAAAAGGGAAGAAGAUUGAGUGCCAAGAGAGCUGAAAAUCCUCAUCCAAAUACGACCUUUUCUUUCUUACUCAUUUUGAAAGCACAAAAAACAUCAACAAUGGAAGUAGAAAGCAGAGUUCAAGCAAUAGCUUCAUCACUCUCUUCAAAACUUGAUACAAUACCAUCAGAAUUCAUAAGAUCAGAGAAAGAACAACCAGCACUAACAACUUUCAAUGGGCCUAUUCCUGAAAUUCCAACCAUUGAUCUUAGUGAUCCAGAUGAAGAUAAUCUCAUCCGUAACAUCGCGGAUGCUAGUAAGGAAUGGGGAUUUUUCCAAGUUAUCAAUCAUGAUAUACCCAUGGACGUGAUACAAAAGCUGCAAAAUGUCGGAAGAGAGUUUUUCGAGUUACCGAUCGAAGAAAAAGAGACGUAUGCUAGACCUGCUGGAGCUGAAACAUUGGAAGGUUAUGGGACUAAACUUCAGAAAGAAAUUGAAGGCAAAAAAGCUUGGGUUGAUUACUUGUUUCAUAAUGUUUGGCCACCUUCUCGCAUUAAUUAUCGAUUCUGGCCCAAGAAUCCGCCUUCUUACAGGGAAGCAAACGAGGAGUAUACAAAAUGUUUGAUGGGCGUGGUGGACAAAAUGUUGAGGUGGUUAUCACUUGGAUUAGGAGUUGAAGGGAAUGCCAUAAAAGAAGCAGUGGGUGGAGAAGAUCUGGAGUAUCUUCUCAAAAUUAACUAUUAUCCGCCAUGUCCUCGUCCGGAUCUAGCACUUGGUGUGGCACCACAUACAGACAUGUCUGCAGUCACGCUUCUUGUACCAAAUGAGGUGCAAGGCCUUCAAGUGUUCAAAGAUGAUCACUGGUUUGAUGCUAAAUACAUUCCUAAUGCUCUCAUUGUUCAUAUUGGUGAUCAGAUCGAGAUACUAAGCAACGGAAAGUACAAGAGUGUAUUGCAUAGAACAACUGCGAACAAAGAGAAGUCAAGGAUGUCAUGGCCUGUUUUUGUUUCUCCACCAGCUGAUAAAGUUAUCGGUCCACUACCUCAACUUGUUAAUGAAGAAAAUCCAGCAAAAUUUAAGACCAAGAAGUACAAAGAUUAUGAAUACUGCAAGCUCAACAAGAUACCUCAGUAGAGAUUAUAUCGAGUGGCACCAACCAUUCAAUCACCACUGUCUGUGCUGCUUUUGAUGUAUUUCCAUUUUACCAGUUAUUUGUAGUACUCUAGUAUUCAAAUGCAAUGCUUCUCGGAAUAUGUAGCGCAAUAAAGUCGUUCGUUACGACAUUUUUUUAGAUCUUAAUU